UAUGACUUCCCCUUCACGUUUGUAAAUUGAAUAAGCACUUGAACUUGAGAAACGAUUUGAAGAUGGUGAUACUUAAUAUGAAUAGAUAGCUCAAUUAGCUCUUAUCUAUAGAUAAUUCAUUGAGUAUUAUGAUUUGAAUAAUAAUCCAAUGAAAUAAUACUUUAUAGAAAAGAUGAAACGUUUAAUGUAAUCACCUUGCACAAUGCAAUCCUUAAUUGUUUCAGCACCAAGUACAAGACGUAAUUCACCUACAGGUUAAGAAAAUCUAAAACAUUAUUAUCAAAAUUAUUAAUAUGAAACUAUGAAAAAUCAAACAAUUACUCCAAGAGGGAUUAAAUAAUUACAAAAUGUAAUUUAAUAGUUAUUUAUUCUUAAAGGACUUUUUGUAUUAGAAAGAGAAUAUUGAAAAGAUUAUAAAUAAUGAUUAUGCUAAGUAAUUAUAGUAAGUAACGGAAAAAUUAUAGUAAAGAAAAUAGAAAAAGGGUCCUAAUAAAAAAUCUCCAAGCAGAACCUUUACUAAAAUUUAUAAACCUCCUACUCUAGAGAUGCUUGAUUUGUGA